AUGGCUUCCAUCGACACGAACCUUGCGACGCAGACAAAACCAGAGAAACCCAGGAAGGCGCCACUUGUCAGUAUAGCUGCAAAAGAAGGAUUCGUCGUUCUCGAAAUCGGCCCACAGAAACAACACUAUCACGUGCACAAAGCUUUGCUCACACACCACUCGGAGUACUUCCGCAACGCCUUCAACGGCUCAUGGAAAGAGUCAGACGACAAGCUGGUGACCUUGAGCGAUGUCGAUACUGUGGCUGUAGACAUCUUCGUUCACUGGUUAUACAACCAACAAAUGCCCAACGAACACCAGUGCGAUUCUCUACAUGGACAAAACAUGACGUCAGACGAAUACGUCGAUGACGACACUCUCAUCACCGGAUAUACCAAGGCACUCGUCUUUGGCGAUAGGUUUCUGGCCCCUAUCUUCAGACAAGCCGCCCACGAUUGCAUCGUCGACACUUUAAUCAAUGUAGAAGAUCCGCCAGCUUCUCGCCCACCUCCUUUCUUCACGGCUACGCAGUACGCUAUGGACAACUUGCCAUCGAAUCAUAGCAUACUGGAUCUGUUCAUCAAUGUCCACUGCCGUCACUGGGAUGUGAGCGACUAUGGCAGAGUGGAUGAGAAGUCUGGGAUUGCUGAUUUGCUCAAACAAAACCUAUCGCCUGUUAUGCUGAUCCGCAUAGUUGCGCGCUAUUCUUCAAUGGCCAUAAACCUGGAAUGCGGAUGGUGGAACGAGGAAUUGGAGCGCUGCGAUUAUCACGAUCACGUGGACGACAAAGAGCGGGAGGGUUGUGAAAGAAAGUGA